CGUGAACGGGCAAGUGUUGCACGAAAAAUUUGCCUUUGGCGAAAGUGAAACGUGUGGAUUUUAAAAAAUAAUAUAUUUAUAUAUCCAAUUAACGAAAUUUGACUCAAGGAUCGACAUGAUUGCGCACUACAAUAUUUCGCCAUGUCGGCAACCGCUACUACUCAGCAUCGCCGUUCUGCUCAUGAUAGGGCGCACGCCCAUCUCAUUGGCGCUACCCAUCAUGAAAGACUCACCCAUCCAGACAAUUAUUGUGCCAUAUCAGCCGAAUACGGCGAGCGGUCAUCCAUCUCAGUUUCCGAAGCUGAUGAAUGAAAGUCGACAGGUGUUGGUGCCCGCUACAAUGAAAGUGGUGCCGCGUUUUAAUCUCAAUCAAAGUACUAUGGCCAUGGGCAGUCUAAAUGGCACGCCGCUAAACUUUGCCGAUGGUGCCUAUCCUGUCUACUAUAUGCCCAGCAGCGUGAAUGGCAAAUUUAAUGGUAAAAUAUCUUUGCUGGACGGAGUGGUGAAACCAUAAAUGGGCGGAGAAACAUGAAGAAAGUUUCUAAGUAAACACUAAUUUAAUGCGCAUAAUUAAAAUGUUAUUUAAAUAAUUUAAUUUAUUUAAAAAGAACUUGUAUUUCUAAUUAUUUAGUUAAUUCACUGUGAUACUGAAUGUACACAAUAUGUAUGUAUGUAGUCCCUUCAAGGCAAAUAAUUUUAGUGAUUUGUAUAUUUAAAGAGACUUGUAAUAA